ACUUUUUUUUUGCUGUCGUUGAGUUUGACAGACGCUGGAUUAUGCAGUACAAGCACUAAUUGUUGUUGGUCGGGCCGGUAUUUUUUCAUCAAGGGUUGUAUUUCUUCGUCUCCUAUCAAUCAAUUCAAUUGAAAGCAAGAAUCGUCACACUUUUCACGCACUCUACGGUACCAUAAUAUGGGGCCGUAAUCGUACGUACCAAUAUGCCAGUAUAGUAGCUACGAGUACCGUGCGUAACACUCGUACUCUUAUGCUGUAGUCGUAUUCAGGAUAAUUGAGGAUUAGGACGAAAUUUCGGGUUUCAAACGCGCGUAAUAAUUUUCGCUCGAAAAUUAUUUUACCACAGUCCGUCCUUCACCCUAACCUCAUACCGGUUUACUAUUCCUAUUUGAGAGCUGUCUUUCGGUUGUUGGUUCGUCAUACUGUCCCKUCUACGCCUUGCUACUCGCAACACCCGAUACACUUCUUUAAACACCUUGCAGCUACAUUAAUCUUGCUGUAAGUAACCAUGGGCUUCUGAAGUCAUGCAUUGUUAAGUUAAUGAGAUCACGACAACGUCGGAGUGACCAUGAUGAAAUAUGGUCGUGGCCGAAUAGCCGAAUUUAUWAAGUAAAACUGACGAGGAAGUGAUCAUUGGUCUCGACGUAGUGCUGUGGAUGUUAUCGGCAAAACCAAUUUGUGGUGUACAUUGAAACAGUUUCAUUAUUCUAAUCAAUUCUUUUGCCUCUGUUCUUGUCGUUGUUAUAGAGAUCAAGUUUGAGCGUCACAUCACACAAAAUGCCUAAGCAAAUUACUGACAUUCGUGAUUUCCUUCAGAAGGCUCGCAGAAGCGACGCCAAAUUGGUGAAGAUCAGAAAGAGAGACACUCAAACUAAGUUCAAGAUCCGAUGCUCAAGAUUUUUAUACACUUUGGUUGUCGCCGAUGCCGAGAAAGCCAACAAACUCACCCAGUCGCUUCCUCCUGGCUUGCAACGAAAGAACAUUUAAAUCUACAUAGCAAAUCAAGAUUUAUCGAUCCGGUCACUGCAAAAUGUUUUGAUCCCGGGGCUAGAGGUUGUUUAGAGAACAAAUUAUAUUGAAACAUCUGUGUAUUUUGGAAGGGCUUCGUUUKAGGACUCCUUGUUGUGGUAUUGUUGAUGGAAAGAAACCAUUUGGAUACUGYAUUUGAUGGGUUUUCAAUUCUUGAGUACUUUCACGUAGCGACUGCAGCAACCUGGCUCUGGAGCAAUGAAAUUCGAAGGACAUUUUUGGUGCGGGCCAGGGAUGCSUAGUUGUCAGCAUAUUUUAUGACCCUACAAGUCCAUUUCAAUAUACUGUGUGACGUUUGAGUUGACGUACCAAUCCCACUGUAGUCAGCUUUUGUCGGAUACAGAAGCUGUGUUUGGUUGUGAAAUGGAUCGUAUGGUUGAUCAUUCAAAUUAGUUACAUCACGUCCUUUUUGUAUUUCAGGAGAAUCAAAGUCGUGCGGUGCCUUAGAUACAUUUCGUUUUCGUUAGAAGUCAUGGUAGCUACCACGACUUGAGAAAUAACUGCGAUCUUGUGAACCAUACGAGUUAAUGAACGCGUCCAGUGAGCUUAAUUUACAUCUUGAAAAUCGAAUYAUGCCACGCUGUGAUUAUAGUCAGGAAAACUGUGAGCCAAUACUUUGGGAAAGAAGCUAGACAUCAUUAACCAUAUUAUCAAGUUCAUCAACAAGCCUUUUCUAGCUUGGCUCGAAGCUUGGUGCCAUGAAAAACAACAUGGUCUUCAAUAAAAGCUGCAAUGAAGUGAUAGGAAUGGUCGAAACCUUCCCUCAUGUUAACAGUAAUCCUUUGCCCAACCCGAUUAGCGCUCUCCGACAACUUAUCUGUUGUGAGUUGCUUCUCCAAGAAUUCGUCUGACGAUCCCUGUUCCACKAGAAUUUCAUCGAAUGCCGAUUUUUCCUGAAGCAAGCACGUCGCAUCGUGAGCCUUUCCGGCUUCUGUUCCUCCUAGAUAAGCUGUGAAAGCCUUUUCUCCCCAAGGAACUUUUGUCGGGUUGCAGAUUGGAGCGAAGGCUGAGACGGAUACCCAUUGAUUUUGUUGUUUCAGUGCGAUCGUCAGGGCCCCGUGUCCACCCAUAGAGCUAACGAAAACAACAAGAACACGACGACGCUAAUAUAAGAACUAAGAACAA